AGCAAUUUUGGAUCAAGCCGACUUCGGCGCUCCUUACAUUCACAAGCAGUGUGGGCAGGACGCCUGUAGAGGAGCGAGCUGCAGGAGGGCGCCAUGGCGAUGGAGCCGAAGACCGACCAGCAGGGGCUGCCCAGCGGUGCCGAAGCAGUGCAGGACGGACACGACGGAGGCGCCCACACCUGGCAGAGGCGCUCGCGUUCCCAGAUGCACAGAUUUCGCCGCCGAGCCAGGAUGCUGCGCAUGGGCGCAACAGUCGGAGUGCCGCCAGGCCUCGAGAAGCUGGGAGAUGAGAAGUACGACGGCAAGAACGACAUGGCCGCUGAGCAGCCCCUGCCGGGAGGCCACCCCGAGUCUGGGCCUCGGCAGGGAAAGGCUGAGGAGGAAGAGGAGAACGAGUAUUGCGCGGAUGAAAACGAUGCCAAGGGCCACACCGCGUGUGAAGAAGACAUGGACGCAGGUUUGUGCGACACAGUCUACGACUCGCUCUCCCUGCUGACGGCGCGCGCAUCGAGGCAGAGUGCACCGAGGGUAGUAGAGGAGGACGAGCUUGACGCCCACCUGCCAGUAGGUUGGCAGAAAGCAUCAAACACUUGGGUGAAAGCUGGCUUGAUGGAAUGGACACAAGGAUUGCGCUUCACGAGCACCGAGUUCAUGCCUGACCCAUCGCCGAGCCUAGACGCAACACGCGAGUUUCCAAGCGAGCGUGAAGAAACAUCAACAAUACCGAUAAAAACAGCAGUGAGCGUUCCGCCAAGCGCAUUUGCGGGUCUGGGUAGGGGAUGGGCCACAGAGCCAUAACCUUGCACGUUCAUAUGGGUGCACGUCUAGCCUCACUCGGCCCUGAGCCGACGUAGGGACAGUCCGAAGCCCUGCGUGGGCAGGAGUCUCCAACAGGCGAGCCUCUUGCUCCUAUUGAGUGAGUUUCCCAGCAGCCACUGUCCCAUCUGAUUCGAGGAUCUGUUGGCUGCCCAAGGUCUGGACUGGACUGGGAUGAUGAUGAU